CAAAGCCUCAGACCAACUGAAGCCAACGGUGGAGAUGUGCUUGAUCAGGCCGUGCACAUCGACGGUUCCCACGCCGAUGCCGUGCCCGUUGGACGGUUCCACACCGACCUGAAACGGUUUGCUCUGCUCGCGGCAACACAAGCUUGCAACCUCGAGUUUCUGAAUCAUUUGGUCCUGAAUGGUUUGAAGUUCGCAUGCUGCGGGUCCCCAGAGAGGCCCAUUAUUGAUCCAAGUGAUGAAGGUGAUGAUGAGGUUGAUGAUGACGAUGUGGAUGAGAAACAGUCCCUGCCCUUUUUUUAAUGGGAUUCGCUGCCGGUGCCGUCACUGGCGCUGUCCUCUUGAGACAAAGCGUAGCCUGCCAAUCAGCGGCCGCUGUCGGUCUUGGGCAGCCUUUGCUGUUAGGCACCGCACUCGUGCCGGGCGUGCCAAGAGGACGUCUGGCGCGGCUCGCUGGACGACUGCGAGAAGUCGAAGCGGCCGAUGUUUGUCGGCCCAGGCGGCGGGCUCGUUCCUCGCAGGCUCGAAACAUCCCGACGCUCCUGGCGAGAGAGAUGACCAGCAACAACAAGCCGAAGCAGCCGAAGCAGAAGCCGAGGCCAAAGAUGUCCAAGCUGUCUAAGAAGGAGCGGAUGAAGCAGGAGCUCUUGGGCCACAUUGGCAGCGAUUUCGAUGCGCUAGCGCAGGACGCGCAAGUUGACCGGGUUGAGGACGACCCGAUGUUCGAGACCUACGAGCAGCAGGCUCGGCAGUCGAUCGGCCAGAUGGCCAACAACGCGAAGCUGAGGCCAGACGACGAGCUGACCCUCCGCGAGUUCUGCGACCUGAUCUGGCGCGCGGCCAAUUGGUCACCGCUGGAUCCGGACGAGAAGCAGGAGGGCAGCGACAAUUCCUUCGGCGUUCUCGACGAGGAUUAAGUCGGGCCUGUCCCUCUACAGGGGCAAUAUUCAAAAAUAGUUCAAGGAUAGUCUGGGGACUAUUUUUGAGUAUUUUUGGCAAUUUUGGAGCAUGCUUGGGGUAUUUUUUAUUUUUCGUCGAAAAUCCCCCUGUAUGGGGGACACGCCCGACUUAAGACGAGGACGACGAGGAGGAGAAGAAGACGAAGACGCAGUCCGAGCUCUGAGGACGGCUUCCCCACGGUGGGCGGCCGCGGCGGCCCCCCGCCUCGAGGACGGCGGGCCCCACCGCGCGCCCUGCAGCGGCGCCGCCCGCCGCCCGCCCCCUCCGCCGCCGCCCGCCCUCGGAGGCCGCGGGCGCCUGGGCAACGACCCCGAGCGGCCGCGGAGCGGCCACCAACCGGCCGCGGGCCGCCAGCCGCCGCCCGGCCCGCCCCCGGAGAGAGGCCGCAAGCGGCGCCCCCUGAGGCGGCCGCGGGCCGCGGCGCGCGUGCUCGGCGGCGGCCGCGGGCCGCCGGGCAGAGCGCGGAGGCCUC